CGCAGCAGCUGUUGCUCUAUAUAAGGGUCGCGCCGGUCCGCGCUCGCGCUGUCGUCGGGAGGAUGUCGCGCUACGGGCGAUACGAGACCAAGGUGUACGUGGGGAACCUGGGCACGGGCGCCGGCAAAGGCGAGCUGGAGAGAGCCUUCAGCUACUAUGGACCGCUGAGAACCGUGUGGAUCGCCAGGAACCCGCCGGGGUUCGCCUUCGUGGAGUUCGAAGACCCCCGCGAUGCUGAAGAUGCUGUGCUUGGCCUCGAUGGGAAGAUAAUAUGCGGCUCCAGGGUCAGAGUGGAAGUAUCCACAGGGAUGCCGCGCCGCUCCCGCUACGACCGGCCCCCUGCCCGGCGCCCCUUCGACCCCAACGACAGAUGCUAUGAGUGUGGUGAGAAAGGCCACUAUGCCUAUGACUGUCACCGCUAUAGCCGGCGAAGGAGGAGCAGGUCCCGGUCUAGAUCCCGCUCGAGGUCCCGUGGAAGAAGGUAUUCCCGGUCACGCAGUCGCAGCCGUGGUAGGAGAUCCAGGUCAGCUUCCUACCGCAGGUCCAGGUCGAUCUCUCCUCGUAGAUACAGAUCAUUCUCACCCCGCAGGUCCCGCUCUGGUUCUCUAAGAAGAUCAAGAUCUAGGUCCAGGUCACGCUCCAGGUCCCGGUCUAUUGUAUGGCCUCGAAGCAGCCGCUCAAAGUCCAGAUCACCAUCUCCAAAGAGAAGUCACUCACCAUCCGGAAGCCCUUGAAGGAAUGAAAGUCCUAAAAGAAUGGGUUCAAAUUUAAGAGGUUUAGUAAAAAACAUAUUUUGUUUACAUUAUAAGGGAUUUUGUGAUGUAAGGGCUUAGUCCUAGAAGUCUCUUUCUAUUGACUAGCAAUUGGCAUGAAUCUCUAUCUUCUAAAGAAAAGUAUUGUUACCAGACUAAUACAAAACUCUUCUGUUGUGUUUGUGUUCUGUGAUCUGAAAAUGUUGGGCUUUUUUUUUUUUUUUAUUUUUAUUGGUGCAUUGAAUUAAACUGCAUUUCUAACUAAUAAAGCAGUUGUGGUAACCCUGCUGUUCAUAGUUGGGAUGGGGAAGCAGGCAGUGUGCCCCUGGGAUGAAAAACAGGGUGCAGGUUGGACAGGCACAUGUGUGCCUUCUGCAUCCCUGCAGAGCACGAGCUGGAGGGAGCAGGUACCAGUGCCAGUUGUCUGUGGAGUGUAUACUAUAUGUCUGUAUACCUUUUUUAGGAAAUUCAAGGGGUUUUGUGGAGAUGACAGGUCCUAAGCACAACCUGCAGGUCAUGUUCAAGUAGCAGGAUCUGUGGGGAACUGAGAGCUCAAGUUCCUCCUGUCUGACCCUGUCUGCCUGGUUCCAUCCUGGCAGGGAAGCGCACCUAGGGAAGGGCCUUACUGCUGUGCUGAUCCGUGGUUGCUUUGGGAAACCAGACUAUCCCCACUGAAUUAAUAAAAUAAUGCAGGAUCUUUGCCUAUUUGAUUUAUCUUUGAGGCUGAUGUCUGUUCUCAGAAUAACAAGGAAAUUGGAGUGCCAGGUAAUUUUAGGAAUGACACCAUCCUGCUUUCCCAGCGUGGCUGAACACCUGCCUGCUCAAGGAAAGUGGGGAAUAAAUUCCUCACUGCGCUGUGCCUGUGCAUGGCUUUUGUUUUUGUUUUAUUAAACUGCCUGUAUCUCGACGUGUGAAUUCUCUCACAUCCCAUCCUUCUACCUUCUCUCAGUGCCAGGUCAGGGAGGUGGAAUGGAGGAGAGGCUCAUUUAUGACAGCAGAGCUGCUGUGGCCAUUCUAUGCACAGGGAUGUUGGUCUUGGUACUCCUGUCAUCUUCCUCACAGGAGGCUGUGUUAGUGUGAAACUUCGACAAAAAAUUCAUGUGUAUUUUUUUAAAAAAUCAAACUGUUCUCCAAACAAUGCCCCUCCCUCCACUCAUCAUUCCUCAGGCUGAAGGUUGUAGCUCAGACUGGUGCUGGAGGCAGUGUUCACUCUGCUUUUACUGUGAAAGGGGACAGCCCACUCCUGGCACUUGGUAUUAGAGCAGCUUGGCUGCAGCAGUGCUCAGCACUGCAAUUAACAAGACCAAAGGGAGGAAAUAAUAGUUCAUUAUUGCUACAGCGUUUUA